GGGGCCGCCGCGGCGCUGCGACCUUCUGCACAUGGAGCCGGGGAGAGUUGGAAGAACUUCAUACUGCAAACUCAAGGAAUAGCAGAGUACCUGCACCGCAUGGAGACAGAGGAGGCCCAGGAAAUGGCCCAGAUGCCAGGCAGGGACAGCCCCCCUGCCAACGAGGCAUCCGAGGAGGCCGAGGAACCAAUGGCCGUCCCUGAGGACCUGUCAGCCGGCUCCACCCACCAGCAGAACAACAGAGGGGACAAAGCCUGUAACAUUAAAGUUGAGGCUCGCAGUGAUGAAGAGAAUGGGCUGGCCUGUGACAUGAAUGGCGUGGAGGAGGAGGAAUGCGCGGAAGACUUGCGCGUGAUCGAUGCCUCGGGGGCCAAGGUGAACGGCUCACAGCCGAGCCCCGAAGCCAAGGCCUUCUCCUCGGCUGGCGGUAUCCGGCUGCCCAACGGGAAGCUCAAGUGCGAUAUCUGUGGGAUAGUUUGCAUUGGCCCCAAUGUGUUGAUGGUGCACAAGCGGAGCCACACUGGAGAACGUCCUUUCCAGUGCAGCCAGUGCGGUGCCUCUUUCACCCAAAAAGGCAACCUGCUGCGUCACAUCAAGCUCCACUCAGGGGAAAAACCCUUCAAGUGUCACCUGUGCAGCUACGCCUGUCGCAGGAGGGACGCCCUCUCCGGACAUUUACGCACCCACUCGGUUGGAAAACCCCACAAGUGUGCUUACUGUGGGCGGAGUUACAAGCAGCGCAGCUCUCUCGAGGAGCACAAGGAGCGCUGUCACAACUACCUGCAGUGCAUGGGGCUGCAGAACAGCAUGUACACAGUAGUAAAGGAAGAAAGCAACCAGAAUGAGCAGAGGGAAGACUUAACCCAGACGGGAUCUGACAGAGCCUUGGUGCUAGACAGACUAGCUAAUAAUGUAGCUAAGCGUAAGAGCACUAUGCCACAGAAGUUUGUGGGUGAGAAACGUCUGUCUGACCUCUCCUACGACGGAGGAGCAGGCGAGCUGAUUCAGCCCCACGUCAUCGACCAGGCCAUCAACAGCGCCAUCAGCUACCUGGGGGCCGAGUCGCUCCGGCCUCUGGUGCAGACCUCCCCGGCCUCCUCUUCAGAUGUGGGCCUCAGCUCCAUGUACCCCCUGCACAAGCAGGCGGGCGAGGGCCACGCGGGGACGGGCCACAACCUGUCGGCCAAAGACAGCGCAGCCGAGAACCUGCUGCUCCUCUCCAACUCCAAGUCUGCGUCCAGCGAGAAGGACGGCUCGCCCAGCCACAGCGGCCAGGACUCCACAGACACCGAGAGCAACAAUGAGGAUCGUCCCGGCGGGGCGGCUUCCGGCCUCAUCUACCUGACCAAUCACAUCACGUCGGGGGUGAGGAACGGCAUGCUCCCUCUGGUGAAGGAGGAGCAGCAGAGGCAGUACGAGGCCAUCCGGGCCAGCAUAGAGAUGGCUUCAGAGGGCUUCAAGGUGAUGACAGCAGACGGGGAGCAGGUGAGGGCAUACCGGUGCGAACACUGCCGCGUUCUCUUCCUGGACCACGUCAUGUACACCAUUCACAUGGGCUGCCACGGCUUCAGAGACCCCUUCGAGUGCAACCUCUGUGGUCACCGGAGUCAAGACCGAUACGAGUUCUCCUCUCACAUGACGCGAGGGGAGCAUCGCUACUGAGCACCCGUACACCGGAAAGAACACACACACAUACACACACACACACACACACACA